AUGAAACGUUCUUCCCAGGACAGCAGCUCUCGCAACAUUCCUGAAGAUAGAAAGCUUUAUGUUGUGGAUUCCAUAAACGAUCUGAACAAACUAAACCUCUGUCCUGCCGGAUCACAGCAGCUGUUCCCUCUAGAGGAGAAACUCCAGGACGUCAGCACUGAUUCAGGAAAUGGAAGCCACAGUCUGUUUUUGGUGGGGCUGAUCAUCGUGCUGAUUAUCAGCCUGGCACUGGUUUCCUUUGUGAUAUUUCUGAUAGUUCAGACUGGUAACAAGAUGGAAGAUGUGUCAAGAAGACUAGCAGCUGAAGGAAGGGACAUAGAUGAUCUUAAGAAAAUCAACAGCAUCAUCGUAAAGCGACUCAAGCAGCUGGACUCAGAACAGAACUAA